UGCCUGCACCCUCACUGCCAGACCUCCAGAGAAGAGAGACUCAGGACACCCAGCCCCAGACUCUCCCCAGGAGGAAGCUCACUAUGGCUCCAGCCCUCUGGCCAUGCUGACGGCAGCAUGCAGUAAAUUUGGUGGCUCCAGCCCUCUGCGGGACUCAACAACACUGGGCAAAGUGGGAGCAAAGAAGCCAUACUCUGUGGGCAGUGACCUCUCGGCUCCCAAAACCAUGGGGGAUGCCUACCCAGCCCCCUUUUCAAGUACCAAUGGGCUCCUCUCACCUGCAGGGAGUCCUUCAGCACCCACUUCGGGCUAUGCAAAUGACUACACUCCCUUUUCUCACUCAUUCCCUGGGCCUACGAGCACCCAGGAUCCUGGGCUACUAGUGCCCAAAGGGCACAGCUCUUCUGACUGUCUUCCAAGUGUCUACACCUCCCUGGACAUGGCACACCCCUAUGGCUCCUGGUACAAGGCAGGCAUCCAUGCAGGCAUCUCACCAGGCCCAGGCAAUGCUCCUAGCCCUUGGUGGGACAUGCACCCUGGGGGCAACUGGCUAGGUGGUGGUCAGGGCCAGGGUGAAGGGCUGCAAGGGACACUGCCCACAGGCCCUGCUCAGCCUCCACUGAACCCCCAGCUGCCCACCUACCCAUCUGACUUUGCCCCCCUUAAUCCAGCCCCUUACCCAGCUCCUCACCUCCUGCAGCCAGGGCCCCAGCAUGUCCUGCCUCAAGAUGUCUAUAAACCCAAGGCAGUGGGCAAUAGUGGGCAGUUGGAGGGGAGUGGUGGAGCCAAACCCCCAAGGGGUGCAGGCACUGGGGGCAGUGGUGGAUAUGGGAGCAGUGGGGCAGGGCGUUCCUCCUGUGACUGCCCCAAUUGCCAGGAGCUAGAGCGGCUGGGGGCAGCUGCAGCCGGGCUACGGAAGAAGCCCAUCCACAGCUGCCACAUCCCCGGCUGCGGCAAAGUGUAUGGCAAAGCCUCACACCUGAAGGCCCACUUGCGCUGGCACACGGGGGAGAGGCCCUUCGUCUGCAACUGGCUCUUCUGUGGCAAGAGGUUCACUCGUUCAGACGAGCUGGAGCGCCAUGUACGCACUCACACCCGGGAGAAGAAGUUCACCUGUCUGCUCUGUUCCAAGCGCUUUACCCGAAGCGACCACCUGAGCAAACACCAGCGCACUCAUGGCGAGCCAGGCCCUGGCCCCCCUCCCAGUGGCCCCAAGGAGCUGGGGGAAACCCGCAGCACGGGGGAAGAGGAGGCCAGCCAGACCCCCAGACCUUCCACCUCACCUGCACCCCCAGAGAAAGCCCCUGGAGGCAGCCCCGAGCAGAGCAACCUGUUGGAGAUCUGA